AUAGAAAUGGCAAAUACCUUAGACAGCUAUAAACUGAGCUGUGAGCUUGUGGGUCAUAGCAUGGAUGUACGCUCCGUGUCGUCGGGGGCCAUAACGGAAUCGGGACAAAUGAUUGUGUCUGGCUCCAGAGACAAAACCACCAAAUUGUGGAAACCUUUGGAUAAUGGUUUCGUCGAAGCUGUCACAUUGCAGGAUCACAAAAAUUUCGUCUCGUGUGUCUUCUUUUAUGAACCACAACGAUGGCUAUGUACCGGCAGUAAUGAUGCCACCGUGUGCAUUUAUGCGGAAAAUGCCAUUUUGCCAAUUUUAACGCUCAAGGGUCAUGAAUCGACAGUGUGCAGUAUUGCAGCCGGGGUGGAACCAAAUAGCAUUAUUACCGGAAGUUGGGAUAAGACGGCACGUAUUUGGACCAUAGAUCAGACAGGAGCCUAUACAUUUGUUGAAUUAAAGGGACAUGAAGCGGCUGUGUGGUCCGUGGCCUCGAUGCCGCAAACAAAGAAAUUCAUUACCGGUUCGGCAGACAAAAGUAUUUGUUUCUGGAACGCCAAGGGAGAGAAGCUACGCCUGCUCAAGGGCCACACCGAUUGUGUUCGCAGCAUAUUGGCCAUGGACAAUGGCUGUUUAAUAUCCUGUGCCAAUGAUGCCACCAUUCGAGUCUGGAAUGAAGAUGGUGAAUGUGUCCAUGAAAUGAAUGGUCAUAACAAUUAUAUUUAUUCCUUGGCGCGCCUCAAAGCCUUGGGAGAUGAUUUCAUUGUUUCAUGUGGUGAAGAUAGUACACUGCGUAUGUGGAAUAUCAGCACUGGCCAGCAGUUGGGUGAUGCUUUGGUCCAUCCCGCCCAGUCGGUGUGGUCGGUAACAUGUCUGCAAAAUGGCGAUAUUGUUACUGGUUCAAGUGAUGGCAUUGUCAGGGUGUUUACCAAAGAUGCUGCUCGUGUUGCCUCAGAGGCUGUGUUGAAGGCACACAGCUUGGCCGUGGAAACACGUAAACAACAAAUGUCCGAAGAUUUGGGUGGUGUCAAGAAAACAGAUUUACCUGGCCCGGAAUCCUUGUUGACAAAUGGUACACGUGAAGGCCAAACCAAAAUGGUUAGACAUCCUGAUGGUUCGGUCAAGUGUUAUAUGUGGGAAUUGGGUAACUGGAAAUUAGUGGGUGAUGUCACCGGAGCCUCUGGGGCCACUCAAACUACGUCGGGCAAGAAACUGCAUGAUGGCAAGGAAUAUGACUAUGUAUUCUCAGUAGAUAUAUCCGAUACGGAACCACCUCUCAAACUGCCCUAUAAUCGUGGUGAAGAUCCUUGGCAUGCUGCCCAGGCAUUUAUACAUCGCCAUCAAUUACCUCAGGCCUAUUUGGAUCAAGUGGCAAAUUUCAUAAUCAAAAAUGCCGAUAGCACUCCCAUACAGACGGCCACCAAUACGGGAGCCUAUCAGGAUCCCUUUACCGGUGGCAAUCGUUAUGUACCCGGCUCAAGUAAUAGCAAUUUUCAAUCGGCUGGUAAUAUGGAUCCAUUUACCGGUGGUUCUAGUUACAGUACUGCUGCCAGCCAGGCGCAGGCUCCUAAGGUGGAUGUUAAUUUUGUAAAAGGUGAAAAACAUUUCCCGGUCAGCAAAUAUUUAACAUUCGACGUUUGUGAUCCUAGCAAGGUUUUGGAAAAACUCAAAGAAUUUAACAGCAAAUUGCCUGCCACUAAUGAAAAAGUAUCCGACACUCUUCUGGAGGCUUGCAUCAAACUAACAGAUCCAGCUCCCGAGGUGGAGCAAACAUCCAUCGAAGCUUUACAAAUCCUACUGAGAUGGCCAAGUGAACUCCUGUUCCCCGUAAUCGACAUUAUACGCCUGGCUGUGCGCAAUGAAUCGAUAUUUGUCAUAUUGAAUUCGAUGAAUUUCCUAGAUGCUCUACUGCCACAUAUUGCCACCUCGGCACCCAAUCAACUUAUGAUCGUACGGACCUUGGCAAAUAGUAUGAAUCAUGCGGCUGGCCGUCAAGAAGUUGAUAUACGUUUGGCCCCGUUGGUCGAACAUAUUAAUAACAUUAAAUCGGGUAGCAAUAAUUUACAGAUUGCCAUUGCCACAUUCUAUCUGAAUCAGACCAUAACACAAACCACUGGGUUGGCUAAUGGUGAUAAAUGUCGAAUUUUAACCGAAGGUUUAAUUGAAUUCCUCAAGUGGGCCAGUGAUUUGGAGGCCUGUUAUCGUUGUAUGCAAGCAUUGGGUAAUAUGACCACUACACCUUUCGGCCAAGAAACUUCGGCUUUGGUAAUCUCUGUGGAUUAUGUUAUGGAUAAAUUGCGGGAGCUAACAAAUACACCCCAGGUUGAGACAUUUGCGAAAAUCAAUAAGGCUGGUACAGCUCUAUUGGCUGCUUUUUGA